AUGUCGCUCCUCACUCCUCCGCUUACGCCCAAGACGUUCCCGGCCAUCAAGUCGGCCAUGGACAGUGGCCGCCACCAACACGUGCAUUCUGCCACUAGGACCCGGUCACAGUCCCGCCGCACCACCUUGCCCAGUCCGCUUGCCACCCCAGAGGACUUUGGUGUUCUUCCGCCCCAUCUCGAGGCCAUCCCCGAGCUCGAUCUCCCCGAACCAUCCAUCUCGUUUGAGCAGACUGAAGCAACCCUCACCGGCAAUGAGAUGCCAUGGAGGCCCAACAUGACUGCAGAGGAGCGGGACGCGCGUGAAGACUGGAUCUCAUCUUCACGUGGGCGCAAAGGGCUGAGGAUCGUCAUUGUGACUGAGAACUUCCUACCCAAGGUUGACGGUGUUACGCGCACACUGGCGCGUCUCCUCGAACACCUUGAGCGUGAAGGUCAUAGCUGCAUGCUUCUCGGCCCAGGCACUGGCAUGAGCCAUUACGCGUCCCACCCACUGGUCGGCACUGCUGGUGUCCCACUCGUCGUCUACCCAGGCCUUAAGCUCAACUUUCUCCGACCCAAAUUCCUCCGCACCAUCCAAGAUUUCCAGCCAGAUGUCGUCCACUUUGUCGACCCCAUUUGGCUCGGUGCCCAGACCCUCAUGGCCAUGGAGCUCGGCUGGGCAGGCGAGGACUGGGUGGGCGAGGGCGGACCAGCCAUUGGCACCGGCAUCAGCGGCGCCGUUGUCGCAAGCUACCACACCAACCUGGCAACCUACGCUACACUCUUUGGCAUGUCGUGGCUUGAACCGAUCAUGUGGCGUCUGCAGCAGUGGCUCUAUUCCAAGACCCUCCUCACGCUCUGCCCCUCCCCGUCCACCCGCUCCAUGCUCGAGUCCCAGUCCUUCUCCAACGUGAGGCUGUGGCCGCGUGGAGUGGACCUGUCGCAGUUCGGCCCCUCGAAGCGGUGUAACAAGAUGCGCGAGCUGUGGGGUAUCGGCGAGGCUCCUGGCCGAGUGAGCGUCGACCUCACAAACUCAAAGGUCGUUGGCGUGCACCACUCGGGUCGCAAGACAAGCUUGCCGCUCACACCGCCCGCGAGCCCCAUUGUCGUGCCGGCUGGUGAUGUAGGCCAGACUCAGCCAUUCACCGCCGAGCCCAUGGCCAUCAACUCGGCCCCUUCCCGCGUUUGUCUGCUCUAUGUCGGCCGCGUGUCGUGGGAGAAGAACCUCGUUCUUCUCCUGCACGCCUACGGCCGCCUGUCGGCAUACCUGCCCACUGGCUCGCCGCUGCCAAAACUCGUCUUUGUGGGCGACGGUCCCGCAAAGACCGAGCUGGAGACCAUCUGCUCUGACCGCGGAUACGACGCGACGUUCAUGGGUCACCGCCAAGGCGAGGAGCUGGCAGCAUGUUAUGCCUCGGCGGACAUCUUCGCGUUUCCCAGCUUUACGGAGACGUUUGGGCAGGUGGUCCUCGAGGCGCUCGCCUCGGGCUUGCCCGUCAUUGGCCUGGAUGCCGAGGGGACCCGCGACCUCGUGCAGCACGCGUCCACAGGUCUCCUCCUGCCCCUCCCGCCCGUUGCGGCCGCCAACACAAAGGUCAACCCCUCACGCACAUGGCCCACCAUCUGCCGAGACGUGUCACACCCGCUCUUCAGCGUCUGCGUGGACGGCUACGCACAGCUGCUUGCGCGGGCAACGACCAACCACACCGAGCGCGCUGCCAUGGGCCACAAGGCGUGCACCGACGGCAUCCAGGGUUUCACGUGGUGGGACGCCAUGGAGCGCUGCGUGGACGGGUAUCGCGAGAGCAUCCGCGUCUCGAGGCAGGCGAGGCAGGUGCGCAUCACCAUCCCCCCAGCGACGCUCACGCCCGAGCCCACACCGACGCCUACACAGAACUCUUCGCCCAAGAUCUCGCGCGUCAACCGUGCACUGUCGUCUCGGCUAGCCCACCGCGGCUGGCCACGGGACAAGGAGCGCGAGAACGACCUCGGCGGCAGUGACAAUGACGCGCCGCCCACCACGCCGUCGCCGCGCCUCCGUCUCCGCCUCCUCGGCAAGUCGGACACGGCAGAGACCCUGUGGCAUAUCAAGAACCUCGCCAAGGCGUUCCUCGCCGCCAUGCUCUUCUGGUGGAUUUGGACGCGCCACCUCGCAUCACAGGGUCGCGAGAUGGGCUGGGACGAGAUCACGUUCCGCCCCGCCGCCGCCGUCGGCGCUUUUUAA